UCGUUCUCUCUUGACAGCCGUUGGCUUAGGUGGCUCCGGAACUCCAACUGAAGCUGAAAAGGUUGUGCUCCGACUCGGGUAAGGACUUCCCAGUGGGCUUCCCUGCAGGGCUGAGAGGUUCCAGCGGAGAAGGGGAGAUUGGAGGUGGCAGAGCUCGCAGUUUUGGAGCUAAGCUUGGGAACCGAUGGUGAGCGCGUGGGCAGCAAAAAUCUCUAAGAACCUCUCCAACCCCUGGGUAAUAAAAACUGUCAUGCACGCCCCCAUCCCCCCGUCACAGUACCCCCCUAGGCUUGGGGCCGCCCCAAGCCGCCUCCAUUCCCAGGAAUGACUGGAAUCUGGAGGAUGGUUGAGGACCCUGCGGAGGCCUUGGUGGCUCAUCGUCGGAGGAAAUGGGGUGGGUGGGGUGGGUGUGGUGUGGGGGGCCAUUUCCCUGCCCCAUAACUCUUCUUUAGGUCUGCUCUGCCCAGGCUGUCCAGGCACCUUGUCAAGCGCUGUCCCCUCUAUCAACCCCGAGGGUGUCCUGCUUGGCACCUGUCCCCCUCCAGGGCCCGAGGGCAAGAGCCCUGGCAGCUGGUGCCCCCCCCACGGAGCCCCCCUCUUCCUGCCCUGGGCAUAAACCCUUCCUUUGCCCAGCCCAAACAAUGGGGCUUCUGUCCCGCCAGCCCCGCCAUCACCUUUUACCUCUUCGUUGCGCAACCUCCUCUUCUAGCAGGUUGGGACUCUAACAGCAGGGAGGAUGAAAGAGGCACCUGGCCAGACUCCCCUGUCCCCAGGCCCGAGCCUCACAUCCACCCCACGAAGCAUCAGUCAUGGGAUUCCCUUUGCCCUCUCUCUGACCACCCCACACCCCUCCCUCAGUCUAGGGAUGUCCUCAGCUGGCCAGCCCCUGGGGGUGGAGAGGAGACCAGGACAACGGGCAUCUGUGACUGGGUUACCCCCUGCCAGGGGGCACUGGGCAGAAAGUCACCCUGCUGCAGGGCAUGGUGAUAGGGGCCAACCCCUAUCUAGCGGGGACACCCCAGGAGCUGGCCCAUCGGCUCCCUGCAGGGACCUGGGGGGAACAAGCCUAGUGGGAAUCUGACGCUCAGAACAGACUUGCCGAUCACCUAUCAGAAUGUGGGCUGCCUCCCUGCCACCACUGACUCCCCGUCUAACCACUCUUAGUCACCUGCUGCAGGUCUCGACAUACUCCAAGUUGGGAAGUCCCUGGUUGUGUCUAACUUCCAUUCAUCCAGCUGCAAAGCGGGUGCCUCUGUUAGGGUUGAUGACAUAUCCUCGGGGCAGGAGAAGGAAGGUGCUUUCAGAAGAGCCCAUACUCAGAGCACCCACUUCUGUGGGUCAGUUUCAGCUGGGGGCUGGGGGCUGGUGUGUGGCCCUGGACCUCUGGGUCAUCCUUUGUCCCAAAUCACUCUCUGUGGACCACCCGUGCAGGUCUUUGUUGUGUGUGUGUUUUCGUGUGUGCGUGUGUCUGAGUUGUGUUUGUGGGGUGUUUCUGCUUGAGCGUGUCUGCCUAUGUCUCUCUGUUUUGUGUGUGUCUGUCUGGACGUUGUCUCUGUAUCGGUCAUGCGUCUGGUUAUUCUUUGCCAGUAUCUGUGUCCUUGGUGGCUUCUGUGUCUGUAUGUAUAGCUGUGUGACUGUCAUUGUCUGUGCCCACCUCUCUGCUAGGUGUCUGUCUCGCUGUCUGUGUAGCUGUGUAGGUGUCUGUUUGUGUCUGUUGGGGUUUGGGUUCUCUGCCCAUUCCUGCCUCUCUGUGCACAGGAGGCAGAACACAGAGCAAAGGAAGACUGCAGAGCCAAGGGCAUGGCUGGCGCGGGCAGGGGGGAGGUGGCGGGUGUCCCUUGUCAUCACUGAUUCUGGCGCUAAGCCCACCCCAGUGGAAUCUCAUGACUCACUGGGUUCCUUGGCCAAAGAGGAGAGGAAAGGGCAGGGCAGGGUGGGGGCAAUAGCCCCACUUUCCUUUUCCAUGGCCCCCCUCUUUCCUGCAGCCUCAUUCUCUGUCUUAUUCUUCUGCAAGGGCCUGGGUGGGGGGUUGCUGGCAGAGCAACGGGUGAGGAGUCAUAGCAGGACCCUCUGAGCCCUUUUGCUGUCUGGGAGGCAGGUGGCCUGGGCUUGGUAGCAACUCUGUCCUCCCUCGCUUGUGAUCCUGGGCAGACGCUCCCCCUCUCUGGGCCUUGGUUUCCCAUCUGUACCCAGAUGCUCCCGGCAGGCCCUUCCAUGCUUUUCUCUUUCUACAAAGGGAGACGGAAACUAAAAAAGACAGUGACAUGCCCAAGGUCACACAGCAGAGCAGAGGCCAGGCCUCCUCUCCUCUCCCCAGUCCAGGGCUUACCCCGCACCCCCACCACCACGGCCGCCACACAGCUGCUCCGGGGGUCACAGAAUGGGCCAUUCUCCUCGGGAGGCUGAGCAGGGCCUUCUGGGAAGACAAAGGCCGAUUGUGCUCCGCUGAACCCAGGUCUGCAGCCAAAGGCCCACCACACGGGCCCUAGGGCUCAGUGGCUUGGGUCCCAAGUAACACUCCAGCUAAGGCCAAGGGUCCCUUGUGGCCCGAUGCGGUCAGCCGGACGUGUCCAGAGCCGAGAGCGGUGAGGCCCGGGCAAUCCAAGCGAGGCCUCGUGCCGUGCGUGGCAGGCCAUGUCGUGAUACGCUGGCCUUCCUGGGGCCCCUUGGACUGUGUGACAGAAAGCACCGCCCUCAGGGCUGUGUGCCAGGCAGAAGGCUGUGCUGCCGGAGCAUGCUGGAGCGCUGGCGGAGAAGAUUCCGGGCCACGUGGAAGUGUGUGGUACCAUGCCGUGGCCUGCCUUCCAGGAGGAUUUUCUCCUUCACCCAGUGGUCUGUCUUUCUUUCUUUCUUCCUUCCUUCCUUCCUUCCUUCCUUCCUUCCUUCCUUUGUUUCUUUCAAGAUUAUUUAUUUGUUUAUUUGGCAGAGAGAGACACAGAGAGAAAUUGGGAACACAAGCAUGGGGGAGCUGGAGAGGGAGAAGCAGGCUUCCUGCUGAGCAGGGAGCCCAAAGCAGGGAUCGAUCCCAGGACCCUGGGAUCAUGACCUGAGCCGAAGGCAGACGCUUAACCAACUGAGCCACCCAGGCGCCCUCAGUGGUGUUUCUUGGUCAUUUACUCUGUAGCAGGUGCUCAACAUGGAGCCCAACAGACAUGCGCCCUUCUGUGGUGAGGUCUUCUGUCUGAUGGGAAGAUGGACACAAACAAGUGAACCAGCGUCUGCCUAAGUCAUUCCGGAGUGAAGUGCUUCCUGCAUACAUACCCGGCAUAGGACUCCGGAGUCACGUGGUGGAGGAGACGACAGGUGACCUGAAACCUGAAGACUGGAAGGAGCCCCGGGGUGGGGAUGGGUGUCCCAGGAAGCCCAGGAGUGUGAGCGAGAGCUCUGAAGCCUGGCCCAGGUGGGUCUGUCGGGGACACAAGAGGAAGCCCAGCGAGCCUGGCUGGAGCGAGGAGCCUGCAUUGUCUUCUGAUCACCGGAGAGGGUUGCUGUGGGAGUGAAGUAACGUGAUGAUGCGAGCAAGAAACCCCUCGGGCCCCUCGGGUGAGAAGAGUGGACGGCGAGGCAGAAGUGUGAGAAGCCAAGACCUCCAAGAAGAAGCCCUUGGCUCUGCCCGUCACUCAGCUCGGAACCGGGGCAAUCUGUGCACACCACUGCCCCCUGGUGGCCUAUCUGAGAAUUCUCCAUGACUAGCCUCAGGUGUCCAGUGGAGGCAGAGGGAAUCCGGGAACUGAAGGUGGGGAGGAAGUUGAGUGGCAUCGCAGAGGUCUCAAAACCCAUGAAAUCCUGGUCUGAGAAUGUCUGAGUCCAACAGGCCCUCAGAGGCCAUGUGGCCUGAGCUCUUCAUGAUGUACGGGGAAAUCAAAUCUCAGUAAGGGUGCUGCCAGGGGGUAGAGAUCACCGGACUUGGUGUAAAAUUCAAAAAGCCCAGGAAAUCCCAAGUAGGAUAAAUUCUUUUUUUUUUUUUUUUAAGAUUUUAUUUAUUUGCCAGAGAGAGAGAGAAAGGGAGCGAGUGAGCACAGGCAGGCAGAAUGGCAGCAGAGGCAGAGGGAGAAGCAGGCUCCCUGCCGAGCAAGGAGCCCGAUGUGGGACUCCAUCCCAAGACGCUGGGAUCAUGACCUGAGCUGAAGGCAGCCGCUGGACCGACUAAGCCACCCAGGCGUCCCACCAAGCAGGAUAAACUCUUAAAAAAUUACACCUAGAAAGGCUAUUUACUGUACGAUUCCAACUCUUUGACAUUCUGCAAAGACAAAACCGCAAAGACAGUGAAAUGAUCAGUGGUUG